GCGGCCAAUCAGCGUCGACACGAGGUCCUCGUCACAGCCAACCAGCGGGCGAGCUGCUCUCCUCGAAAACAUGUCUCCCAUGAAGCUGUGUGUUCCUGGUGAGAAGCUGUGCAGUUUGGAGGACUGCAUCGAGGGCACAGGAGUAUAUCCGCGGCACGGCUACAUAUACUCCUCACUAGCGGGCUACGUGCUCAAGAAAAAUGAGGGAGGGCAGUUACCAGUGAUCUCAGUGGUGCGGGAAACCGAGACACAACUACUACCCAAUGUAGGAGCAAUAGUCACCUGUAAGGUGACAAGUAUCAACCCCAGGUUCGCCAAGGUUCACAUCCUUUAUGUGGGAUCCACACCGCUGAAGGACCGCUUCAAAGGAACAAUUAGGAAAGAAGAUGUGCGCGCGACAGAGAAAGACAAGGUGGAAACAUACAAAAGCUUCAGACUUGGGGACAUCGUCUUGGCGAAAGUUAUUUCUCUUGGUGACGUGCAGUCAAACUACCUGUUGACAACAGCGGAGAAUGAACUCGGGGUGGUGGUGGCACACAGUGAAGCAGGUGCCCAGAUGGUUCCCAUCAGCUGGUGCGAGAUGCAGUGUCCACGAACGCACAGCAAAGAGUUCCGCAAAGUGGCGCGUGUGCAGCCGGAGUACCUGCAAGCAUGAGACGGCUUCUCUCCCGCCAAACAGAGCCGCGGCUCACAGAUCUCACUUUGCACACGGUGCCGCCAUUCGAUCGUGCUAUCUUGACGUUUCUGAAUGUAUUUUAACAACUUAGUCACGUCAGGACAAACUGUAAGGACAUAUCCUGAACUAUCUAGUGACCUUUGUUGAGUUGUUCUUAAACUAAAGUGAGUGAUUUUUGAAAGUUGCCUUUAAAUUGCCCGGUGAGAAACUAAUGGGAACCGUCUAUGGAUGUUAGAUUGCAGCUGCAGAGUGACCGCAAUGUUGAGAAGCCAAGCCCAGUGAAGAGAGCUGUUGUUCACAGGUGAAGGUGUUAUAGCCGAUCAUCAGGUCACUCGAAGGAUAAAGCAGUUGAUGCAUGUUGCAUACAUAUUGGACUGUAUUUUGUACCAUAUAAUCUGUGUGAAAUGGUCAUUCUUUUGCAUGGUGUCAUGUUGUCCAUAGUCCAAGUGACCAAAAAUGUUUUGUUCAUAAUGCUGUUUAAAAGGAGUGAAUGAGUAAUGUCAAAUCCCCAACCACCAGUGUUUAGAAUAUUGAGGUUCAAUAUUUUUUUCCAGUACAUUGUCAAAACUAAACGAGUAUUCGCCUGAACUUUACAGCUAAUGCCAUUCAUGUGCAAGACCAAAAUAAAAACGCCUGUCAAAGCAUCAA